GUCAGUUAGUCAGUCAGUCAGUCGUCAGUGGCACCGCGAAUAAGCCACUCUCGCUCAUCCGCGGGAGAACACCUGUUUCGUCCUCGACCCUUUAGCCCGUCUGUCGACGAUUCGACGAUUCUUCGACCACGGUGGAAGGGAUUCCUCGAGUGGAAGCUGUGCGUGAGGCCGCGUUAGACGAGUCCUUGCAGCUCCGUGAAGAAAGAGACGCUGCUGGCUAACUCUGGAGCGGAGAACCAGUUUCCGGGAGCGCCGUUGAUACGCGAACAAGCGAAAUAGCGAACCAGUAUCUAUAGGGAGAAGACGAGCUAGUUCGAUUUGAUUUUGAGAUACUUGAAGUGGACGAAAGGGUUGUUGUAAAACAGUGGUGACAUUUCGUUUAUGAUUAUGACGUCGUUAAUGGUGAACGGUCGAACCGCGCGAUGUAAUUGAUUUUUAACGAUCGAUUGGGUGUUUGUUGCUCGUUGCUGAGGAAGCUGGUGUUCAUUGUCGUUGGAGAACUCGUGACACAGAAAUGGAGGCUGCCAGUCCACCGUCGGAUGUACGGACAGCUUCCUUGGAACUGAAAACGCGAAGAGCGCAGUUCAAAACGCAGGCCUCCACUUUGGACACGAGGAGGAGGCAGGCGGUAUGCGUGAGGAGAGCUUUCAAGAAGUACGGUCCCAAGAGCAAUCCUAAUGUCAUCCUCGAUGGGCUGAACAUGACCGUGCCGAAAGGCACGAUAUACGGCCUACUAGGCGCGAGUGGUUGCGGAAAGACCACAUUGCUCUCUUGCAUCGUAGGUAGAAGACGUUUGAAUUCCGGUGAGAUAUGGGUGUUGGGUGGUAGACCAGGUUCAAAAGGAUCAGGCGUGCCUGGUCCACGAGUGGGUUACAUGCCGCAGGAAAUUGCGUUAUACGGAGAAUUCUCCAUAAGGGAGACUUUCAUCUACUUCGGUUGGUGCGCUGGUUUGACCACGGAACAAGUCAACGAGAAGAUCGAUUUCCUUCUAAAGUUCUUGCAGCUGCCAUCAGAAAAUCGUUUCGUGAAGAAUUUAUCCGGUGGCCAACAAAGAAGAGUGUCCUUCGCUGCAGCUCUCCUACCUGAUCCAGAAUUACUGAUCCUAGACGAACCCACCGUAGGCGUAGAUCCUCUUCUACGUCAGAAUAUCUGGGACCAUUUGGUCCAUAUAACGAAGGAUGGUAAUAGAACCAUCAUCAUCACCACCCACUACAUCGAGGAAACGAGGCAGGCUAGCCUAAUUGGUUUGAUGAGGGGUGGUAGAUUGCUUGCUGAAGAAUCGCCGACGAAAUUAAUGGAGAUGCACAACGUGGAUACUCUAGAGGAUGUAUUUUUGAAACUGAGUAAACGUCAGAAUAUGGGCCUUCGAAGAAGGAGCAGCAUACUCAGCAGCGUUACUGGUGUUCCUCCUGAAAUAGUAGACGCCGACGACGAAAUGAGCGGCGAAUUCGGCGAUAAUGUCAGUCUAUCUAGUCGAAGGAAAAGCGUUGCCAUCGACGAUGAAAAUGUUCCAGAAUUGCCACCGGAAGAGGAAGGUCCAUCGAAAUCGAAGAUUAUCAACUCUAUGCACAUGAAGGCUCUUGUAUGGAAAAACUUCCUGUGGAUGUGGCGAAAUGUAGGCAUAAUGUUAUUUAUCAUCGGUCUUCCAGUCGUUCAGAUCAUCCUAUUCUGCAUCUCCAUUGGCAAAGAUCCAGUAGGAUUGAGGGUAUCUCUGGUGAACCACGAAUUGAACAACAGCAUGGAAACUUGCGUACCAUCGGUUGGCUGUGAAUGGACUCACCUGAGUUGUCGAUUUUUGCAACAAUUGGAGAAGAGAUCGGUGGUGCUUCUACCGUAUGACAAAGAGAGCGACGCUAGAAACGCUGUCGAACGGGGUUGGGCUUGGGCAGCCAUAACGUUUCCUGCGAAUUAUAGCGACUCUCUUUCAGAGAGAAUAGAAAACGGCAGGGAUGUUGAUGACUGGAAUAUAGAUUACUCUACUAUGGAUAUCUCCAUGGACAUGUCUAAUCAGCAAAUUGGUCAACUUCUUCAGAGAGCCUUUUACAGUUCGUACCUGGAUUUCGCUCGAGAACUAACGGUGGCUUGCAAUUACAGUAAAAAAUUAACAAGUAUACCGCUAAAUUUUGAGAAACCAAUCUAUGGCCCCUUGGAUCCUAACUUCACCGAUUUCGCUGCACCUGGUGUCAUUUUAACCAUUAUCUACUUCUUGUCGGUGGCCCUAACUUCCGGCGCGAUGUUGUUGGAACGAAACGAGGGUCUUCUCGAGAGAAGUUUAGUCUCUGGUCUCACUGGAUCGGAAAUUCUUUUUGCACAAGUUAUAACCCAAUUCGUAGUAAUGGUAGGCCAGACAAUUAUGGUUCUGAUAUUCUCAUUCCCGGUGUUUAAACUCACUUGUGAAGGAGAUAUCGCUUGGAUCACUAUAUUGACAGUUCUUACUGGACUGUGUGGAAUGUGUUUCGGAUUCGUUAUUGCUAUAGUCUGUGAAAACGAAAGAAGCGCCACUUACUUGGCAAUGGGCUCCUUCCUCCCUAUUGUAAUGUUGUGCGGAAUAAUCUGGCCUAUCGAAGGAAUGCAUUAUAUAUUAAGAUACAUUAGCUACUUGCUGCCACUAACGAAAAGCACAGAAUCGAUGCGAGCUAUACUAGCCAGAGGAUGGUCAAUUUCAAAUCCCACCGUUUACAAUGGUUUCAUUUCUACGUUGAUUUGGAUAAGCGUUUUUAUGACUCUUUCAAUAUUGUUGCUUAAAUUCAAGAAAGGAUAGAAACUGUUGUCCAAGUCAUAGAUCGAACGACACGCCAGGUAUUGAGUGAGUGAAUAUACUUUAUGGUAUAUUAUACGUAUACAUACUGUGUACAGGCUAUACUGCGUUAAUAUCGUAAUAUUCGACGAGUUCUUGUGCACUGGGGAAAAAACGAAUGGACAAUGUUCCGAAUGUGUAAUAUAUCUUUCUUUCUUUUGCUCAACACGGUUAUAUUAUAUUUAUUACAUGUACUUUCGGAUUAUUGCGAAACUG